AUGAUUCAUCAAGAAGAAUCACGCCCAGGGAAGCUACAUCUUGAUAUGGACUUGAGUGGGUUUUUUUUGGAGCUAAAAACGCCUUUGGAAAGUAGAGAUGUGACCUCUAAGUCCUGGAAACUCAAAUACAAAGAGAUGCAAAACCGGAACUUGCAGAUUUUAUGGUUGCUGUCACAAAUUAAUCCCAAGGCAGUGGAGGUUAGAGCUGAUCAUGUCGGAAAAAGGGAAACGUUAAAUAUCUCAACCGAUCAGCUUGUUUUAAUGGACAAAGCUCAUUCACAAGAGAAGUCCACUGCCCCAGCCUCUGUUGCAUAUGGUUUGAUAAGAAGCUUCACCUAUGCUACCGGAAACCAAUAUCAGUGUGAGGGAGCUACUGGUUUAAGAGAGAUUGGCGUAGUUCAGACUGAAAGAAUGUUGAUUCACAAGCUGAGAAUAGAGCAAAAGGAGAAGAAGCGAAAAUGCUCCAAGUCUUGGCGGUUUAAGUACAAGGCAGGGACUAAGUUAGAAAGCUUUGGUAGUUGUUGUGAGUUUAUGACGUUGUUGUGGCUGUCCGGUAAUCACUGUUUAGAGGAGAAACAUAAUCUGGAAAAUGGUCAUGGUGUUUCUCUUUUGGAGUUCUUAAAAAGAAAGGAAGCUAGACUUGAUGCUCUCAAAGGAGCUAAUAUUGUCACGAUCUCAUCUAUGAGAUGUUCCAUUCUCCAAGGCCACCAGAACUUACAGUUAUUCUGUAUCACUGUCCGUCAGUCCCUUUCCAAGAAACCAUUCUCCGUCGAAGCCCAGGGUAACGCCCUCGAGAAAUCCGCCGCCGAGAAGCAGCUACAAUCCACUAUCAACAGCUUUGGAAGCGGCUCGCUUAACCGUGAGGCUUUCCGGCAAGCCGUAGUCAAUACCCUCGAGCGGCGAUUGUUCUACAUCCCGUCUUUCAAGAUCUACCGUGGCAUCAUUGGACUUCUCGGUCCACUUGGCUGCGUCGUUAAAUCUAAUAGAGUGAUGAAUCUUCCUCCACUGUACGAUGGAAUGUUUGAUGAAGUCUCAUGGACCACUGAAGAAGCCUACGGAGGAGUUUCGAAAAUCAUUCUGCUGAAGAAUCCUAAGCAGAGAAAAUCUCGGCGUGGUGAAGAAGACAUUGAGGAAACAAUAUUUCUUAAGCCUGAAGAUGAACUUUUUCCCGAGCUGCGAAAGAGAUGGGAUGUGGAAAUCGUUAACGAUUACGGUUGGCAGAGGAGGCGGAAGGUAUGA